CUGUAUUCUUUAGAUGCAUCCCCACAAGAAACGUUCUGCUCUCCAAAUGAACAUCCACUGGAAUUCACCUACGUCUAUUCCUUUUUCCUACGUCCACCCGGCAAAUUUGAUCCGAUCGAAUAUGCCCAGAACGUCCAACAAAUUGCGGCAGUAUGUUCAGUUGAACAGUUCUGGAGUGUCUAUCGCCAUAUAAAACGGCCUUGCGAUAUCGGCGAAAAAGUAGAUGUUCAUUUCUUCAAAAAAGGUAUCAAGCCGGUUUGGGAAGAUGAAGCCAAUAUAAAAGGAGGUAAAUGGAUCCUUCGAUUGAAAAAGGGUCUGUCUUCUCGAAUAUGGGAAAAUCUUCUACUCGCAAUGGCUGGAGAACAGUUUCUUGUUGGUGAUGAAAUUUGCGGUGCGGUAUGUUCUGUGCGUAAUCAAGAGGACAUUGUCUCUCUGUGGAACAGGACGGCUGAUAACAUUGGUGUAACGAAUCGUAUACGUGACACAUUGCGUCGAGUACUGAACCUACCGAUUAACGCAGUUAUGGAAUAUAAACGUCAUGAUGAAUGUCUGAAGUAUGUUUUUGUUUCAAUUUCUCUUGAGUUCCUCGAAUUCUUUUGCUUUAUUUAUUGA